UCACAAGUCACAAACAAAACUAUAAACUCCUCUCUUGUAGUAGCAGUCUGUAAGCAGCCACAGUCGUCAGUGCCUGCCCUGUUACCUGUUCGAUCCUCCUCUCGAUUCCCUUGAGAGAAGCCAAGGAGGAGCAGGAGAGCGGCCGGCCAUGGAGGGAGAGGGGAUUGGGAGGAGAGGCCUUCCUUCACUGCUCGGUUCCUCUUCCAGCGAAAGCGGCGGAAUCGGGCAAGAACACAUUGCCUCUGACAUCACGCAGCUCAUAGGAUGGACGCCACUGGUCGAGCUGAAGCGAAUCGCCAGCAAGGACGGAAUAGAUGCCCGGAUCGUCGGCAAGGUCGAGGCCUAUCAGCCCCUCUGCUCCGUCAAGGAUCGCAGCGCUUUGAGAAUGAUCGAGGAUGCAGAAGAGAAAGGGCUGAUUACUCCUGGUGUCACAACUCUAGUCGAGCCGACGAGUGGCAAUCUGGGUUUAGGAUUGGUGCUUGUUGCUCUUCGCAAAGGUUACAGGUUCGUUGCAGUUAUGCCGGGCCAGUAUUCGUUUGAUAAGCAGAUCUUGCUGAAAUACAUGGGAGCUGAAUUGUUUCUAUCAGAUCCAACACUCGGGUUUCAAGGCUUAGUCGACAAGGUCGAACAGCUCAAGAAAGAAUUACCCAAUGUGCACGUUCUUAAUCAAUUCUCAAAUCCAGCAAAUCAGGAGGCACACAUGAGAUUGACUGGACCUGAGAUUUGGAAGGAUACUGCUGGCAAGGUAGACAUAUUUGUUACCGGUUCGGGCUCAGGAGGUACGGUAUCUGGCGUUGGAAAGUAUCUCAAGCUGCAAAAUCCAGCGGUGAAGAUCAUUUGUGUGGAGCCUGCAGAGAGCCCAGUCAUUUCAGGUGGGGAGCCAGGUAAACAUAAAAUUCAGGGAAUAGGGCCAGGACUCAUACCUGAUAUGUUGGACACCUCGGUCAUCGAUGAAGUCGUCACGGUAAACACUGAUGAAGCAAUGGUGAAUGCAAGGAGGCUGGCAAUGGAAGAGGGCCUCCUUAUGGGCAUUUCUUCUGGGGCAAACCUGGCAGCUUGCUUGAAGGUCGCGUCGAGAGAGGAAAACAAGGGGAAGAUGAUUGUCACCAUGUUCCCAAGCGGGGGUGAGAGGUACAUGAACUCUGACCUCUUUGCAGCUGUGAGAGAGGAAUGCAAUGCCAUGACAUUUUAAUCUCACUGGUUGUUCAGAAGAAUCAAGAACAGUUAUGUGUAAAACUAUAGGAGGGUAACUUGUACCACAAUGUACACAUAGCACGAUCUUGCAAAGGGAUUUAUCGGCAAGGAGCCAAAGAAUUUGUACGAAUUGUAUAUUUGUACUAGUCAUUAGUCAAUAAAUAAAUGAAAUAAUUUGCUCACUUCGUGUGAGUAAAUUUCGGAAAACUA